UUAUCCACAGCAGCAUACUUUCCCAUGUUUUUUUUUUUUUCUUUUUCGACCCACUUGUGACGUGCGAGCGGAGUUCCUCCUCUCGUUUGACGCUGCGCAGUUUGGAGCGAGAGCGGGCGAAGGGCUUCGGGGAGGCAGACGUGUAUUUGAAGGCUGAAAGGGAAGGUGAACUGAAGCUUUCGACGGGGGAACUUGGCGGCUUGAGCGCUUUUCUAUCCUCACAUGCAGGAGAGGAGGACGGACGUGCGGAAAGACUGAGAGAAAGUGAAAAGGGGACUAACGUGGCGAGGAGACAUUAAGCCGCCUCGCUGCGCCGCCCUCGGGUAACGCCGAAUGAGAGGUUACGGCUGACGCGUCGGCCCCACACGAGAGGAGGAACUGCGGCCCGGCGGGGGAAGCGGCGCUUCAUCCUUCGGCAAGCGACAACAGGACACGAUGAGGUACCGAGGCAGGGAGGUGGACGUCGAAGGACGGGUGCGGCUGGUGAUGGAGAGCACCCUGACGGCCCGCGACAGGGUCGGCGUGCAGGAUUUCCUCCUGCUGGAGAACCACAGCAGCGAGGCGGCCUUCAUAGAGAACCUGCGACGACGUUUCCGAGAAAACCUCGUCUAUACUUACAUCGGCUCCGUGCUGGUGUCCGUGAACCCUUACAAAGAGCUGGAGAUCUACUCCAAGCCGCAGAUGGAACGCUACCGAGGAGUCAGCUUCUAUGAAAUAUCGCCUCACAUCUACGCGGUGUCCGACAACACUUACCGGGCCAUGCGGACCACAUCGAAGGAUCAGUGUAUUCUUAUAUCGGGGGAGAGCGGUGCGGGCAAAACGGAAGCCUCCAAGAAGAUCCUCCUCUACUACGCUGUCGCCUUCCCCGCGAAUCCUCGCAUGACCGCUCUCGGAGACCGCCUGCUCCAGUCCAACGCUGUUCUGGAGGCAUUCGGUAACGCCAAAACGCUCAGGAAUGACAACUCAAGUCGCUUUGGCAAAUAUAUGGAUGUGCAGUUUGACUUCAAGGGAACUCCUGUGGGUGGCCACAUCCUCAAUUACAUGCUGGAGGAAUCUCGCGUAGUCCACCAGAACCAUGGAGAAAGAAACUUCCACAUCUUCUAUCAGCUCCUGGAUGGUGGGAGCAGUGAACUUCUCCAGAUGCUGCACCUUGAAAGAAACCCUCAGAACUACCAGUGUCUGGUUAAGGGAAGCUGUUCCAAAGUCAGCUCCAUUAGUGACAAGAAUAAUUGGAAGGUUUUGAUGAACGCGCUGUCUGUUAUUGGCGUCACUGAGGAAGACUUGCAGAAUUUGCUGAACAUCAUCGCCAGCGUUCUCCAUCUGGGAAACACUCAGUUUGGAGAAGGGGAGGAAGGUGAAACGCACAUUACCACUGAGAUGCCGAUUGCUAAUGUUGCAAAGCUGCUGGGUCUUGACGCCUCGUCCCUCAGCGAGGCUCUGACGCACAAAAAACUCACCGCCAAAGGGGAGGAGAUGAUCAUCCCGCUCGACUUUGAGCAAGCGAUGUCAGCCCGAGACGCUUUCGCCAAAGCUGUGUAUGGUCGGACCUUCACUUGGCUGGUGGACAAGAUCAAUCAAUCGCUUGCUCUGAAGGAUGACAUGGACCACAGCAAUAAAAGCUUCCCAGUUAUUGGUCUUUUGGACAUUUAUGGCUUUGAGGUCCUACAGCGCAACAGUUUUGAGCAGUUCUGCAUCAACUACUGCAGUGAGAAGCUCCAGCAGCUCUUUAUUGAGCUCACCCUCAGAUCCGAGCAAGAGGAGUACACAACAGAGGGACUAGCAUGGGAGAUGGUGCAGUACUUUGACAACAAAGUCAUCUGUGACCUGAUAGAGGAGAAGCACAAGGGCAUCAUCGCCGUCCUGGAUGAGGAGUGUCUGAGACCCGGAGAGACCAGUGACGCCUCGUUCUUGGAGAAACUGGAGGACACGCUUGGCGCCCAUCCCCAUUUUGUCACUCACAAGCUGGCAAAUGGGAAAACUCGGAAGGUAAUGAGCCGAGAGGAGUUCAGGCUGCUGCACUAUGCCGGGGAAGUCAACUACAAUGUUGAUGGUUUCCUUGAGAAGAACAAUGACUCAUUGAACAGGACCCUGAAAGAGGUCACAUGCCAGUCAGACAACCAGAUCAUAAGUCUGUGUUUCUCCAGAGAGGAAGUGACGGAACAGAAACGCCCACAGAUGGCUGCCAGUCACUUUAAAAAUAGCCUGUUGAAACUUCUGGAGAUCCUGAUGACUAAAGAACCAUCAUAUGUGCGCUGUAUCAAACCUAAUGAUGUCAAGCAGCCAGGUCACUUUGACGAAGUUCUCGUCAGACACCAGAUCAGGUACCUCGGCCUGAUGGAGAACCUUCGGGUCAGGAGAGCCGGCUUUGCUUAUAGACGCAGCUUUGAAGCCUUCUUGCAGAGGUACAAGCCUCUGUGUCCUGAGACGUGGCCCAACUGGUACGGCAGAGUUGAAGAUGGUGUGGCCGCACUGGUCGACCAUCUGGGCUACCAAGAGGAGGAAUACAAACUGGGCAGGUCCAAGAUAUUCAUUCGUUUCCCCAAAACACUCUUUCUGACUGAAGAUGCACUUCAAGCCAAAAAGCCAGAGAUCGCUUUGACUCUGCAGACGUCAUGGAGAGGCUACCGGGAGAGAGCCAAAUACAAACGGAUCAGACACGCAGUCAUAGUGAUUCAAUCGGCAUGGCGAGGAAUGAAAGCGCGCCGGAGGGCAAAGAGACGUCGACAGGCUGCUGAGUUGAUACGCAGGUUCAUAAAAGGCUUCAUCUACCGUCAUGAGGACUACUGUCCGGAAAAUGACUACUUCUUGGAUCAUGUGCGUUACUCCUUCCUCAUGAAGCUCAGCAAAAACCUGCCCACAAGCGUUUUGGACAAAAGCUGGCUGGCAUCUCCUCCCUCUGUCGCUGAGGCCUCCGAGCACCUGCGCACGCUGCACAUGCGGAACGUGGUCAUGAAGUACUGCACCAGGAUCCAGCCUGAAUGGAAGAAUCAAUUGAUGCAGAAGGUUGUUGCCAGUCAGAUCUUCAAGGAUCAGAAAGACAGCUAUCCCCAGAGCGUUGGCAGGCUGUUUUUGGACUCCAGGAUCGAACGAGAGCAGAUCAAUCUCAAGGUUCUCCAGACUCUCGGCAGUGACAAAGUGCAGUACGGCGUGCCAGUCACCAAGUAUGACAGGAGAGGUUUCAAGCCCCGCCCUCGCCAGCUCCUCCUUUCCAACACUUUCGCCGUGCUGGUGGACAGGACCAAGAUCAAGCAGAGGAUCGACUACGCGGCCCUCGGAGGUAUCUCCGUGAGCUCUCUCAGCGACGGGAUGGCUGUUCUGCACGUGCCCGCUGAGGACAAUAAGCAAAAGGGUGAUGUGUUGCUGCACUGCAACCAUGUGAUCGAGCUGGUGACCAAAUUUGCUCUGACGGCCCGCAUGUUAAACCACAUCAACGUCAAGCCUGGCAGUGUCAGGUUUGCAGGGGCGCGAGGCAACGAGGGCAUCAUCGACUUCGUCAGCGGCUCCGAGUUAAAGGUGGCCAAAGGCAAAAGGGGACACCUGCUCGUGACUGCCCCUCGGAUCAACACCACAUGAAGAAGAACAAAACCAGAGAAAUGCUAACUAACACGUCGCUAACCGGAGGCUUAACGCUCGCUGCUUUUAAUGCGAUGAACCCACAAGCACAUUUUCCAAAUCCCUUCGUACAAUCGUGCUGCCAUUCCUCAGAUAGCAUUUAUUGACCUGAAAAAACCAAAUGGAUAGUCCCAGCUGUCUGUUAUGUGGGGCCAUGGCCUUUCAUAGCAAAUCUACAAUUUGAUCAAAACACAUUAUUGACUGGUUAUCGUUUAGCACAAUUAAUGACACGUAGUAAUAUCACCGGCAGUUCUGAGAUCCUGCGUUUCACUCUCGCUUUUCCUUAACUACGCCGGCGAAAACGUGCGAGUUGGGAUCGCUGAAAACUCUAAAUUGUCCACGCUUGGGAUUGUGAGUGCGAUUGGUUGGCUGCGCCCCGCGGAUGGCUGGCAACCGGGCCAAGCGCGGACCCCGCCGCUCGCCCAAAGUCGGCCGGCGUAGGCUCCGGCCCGGCCGCAAACUCAAAUGAAGACGAGCGCUAUCGAAAGCGGAUAAUAAAUCAGCUAUCCUGCAUUGCAAUAAAUAUAAUACGACUAUGUAUUAGGUAUCAAUCUCUGUUGCUUUCUUCCCUUCGCACAUUGAACAGCUUUCUCUCCAACUUCUCGCUCGCUUUCUUUCUCACCACUCCGGCGAGGUGACGCCGAUGUUCCGCAUGUAAAAGGAUGCAAACGUCGUCUCAGGUGCGCCGCCUCCUCGUUCGAGUGAAAAAUCACAGUGACGUCCAAGAGCGGAGGCCACUAUUUGACGAAAUGCGAUAUACUGAAUUGUCUAUAAAAGAAUAUCCAGUAAUGAGCCAUCAAUUAUGACAUCAUAACAUGAAGUCCUCACGUUUCAUCUUUUUAUUGAAAGCCAUAUGCAAAUAUAUAUAUUACUUUACAAAAUAUCAAAUUUCAUGUAAAACACUGUAUCAAUAUGUCGCCGUAAGAUAAAUAAUAUACAAUAUAUGAUAUAAGAUUAUUCAAAUAAAUAAGUCAAAUAAAUAGCAAAUAUGGUUUGUGUGCGGAAAGUCCAGCAGAUGCAAGGGCCUGGCUCACAAAACAGGAUGUUGUCAUGUGCUCUGUGAGUUGCGGGAGCCGAUUGCAAAUUGACAUUCAGAAGCGAGACAGAAACUCGGGGAAAUACCCAGAGAAGACCCGCCACGCUCAUCGGUGUAUUCGUAGUCUGCGCCCGUGCCGUGCCUGAUGCCAACACCCGAGCGCUUCUCUUUGCCCGCCAUUAGUGCGUUUUAGAAGCCAGAAGGAGGAAGUCUCGUGCCAACUUGGUGAGGUAAAGGUCGAGAUCCCGUAGGAUGAUGUAACCCUCCACGUGGCUUUCCCACACCGUUUUUGACAUCAUUGGCGUCCGAACGGUGGGAAAGGAUGGUUUUCUGCUGGCGUUCUUUAUGUAACUCAUCUAGAGAAGUGAAAAAAAUAAAUAUUAAAGAAAAUAUAUAAUACA